AUGAUGAGGAACCCGGACGUCGUGGGUGAAGUGGUGGAAGAGCCCUCGCCGAUUGCCAAGAAGACUCAGCCGGAUGACAUGCCAAUGGCCCGGCAGCCGUCGCCCCCUGAAAAGGAUGAAUCGGAAGCGCCUCCGUUCACCUGCAAGCAUUCGCCUCCUGAAGGCUUUGCCUUUGGGGACACUGUGCGCAUCAGGAAGAUGGUAACUACGGGCCAUCUCUUCGAAGUGGGAGGCAUAGGCUUCUUCCCUCAAACAAAAGCUGCCAAAGUCAGCGGAACGAUUGCGCAGGUGGUGUGCUCUCGCGGCACGCCAGCGACAAAGGGCCGCGUUUGCUUGCGCAAAGGC